UUUGUAGGUAUCUUACAUCAGCUUCGUUCAUGACAGAGAAAUCAGGGAAUUCUAAGAAACUUCAGACCAAGAGCAGACUGGUGAAGAUACACAGACAAAGAAAGACAUAUCUAUAUAUUAUCUAGGCACUUGUGUUGAGGGAAGUGUUCUUCUUCAUAAAGGAUUUCCAGCGUUCCUGACUCCAUUCUGAGGAAUUCCACCAAAACUGCCAGUCUGCGGAAUCCACAUCUCGUAGUGUUAGGAGCCAAGCAAUGGAGAAGCAUUACAGAAUGUUUCUGUGACAGAAACAAAAUUCAUCUAAUUUUCAAAAUAACAAAAAGGAAAAGGGCCCGAAGCAAAAGUUUGGGCACCCUGCAUGGAUUUCAUUGGAUGAAAGCAACAGACAAGCAAAGGAAUUACGUUAAUGAACUCUUCUGUCCACAAAAACCCAAGAUGUUAAACUACUUUUCCCUCAGACCUGGACUCUGCCAUUUAGGAGCAUGAUGCUGGAUGUUUUAAUGUACUGAUUAGAGUUUGAGGAUUAUUAUGCUGAUUUGAUUUGGAAGUGUUUGAUUUCUUUUGGAGGGAAAUUAAGAUUAUCACGAUAUUCCUUCCUCAAUUUGCUAAGGACUGGAAAUUCAUCCAUUUAAAAUGAUCAUUGCUCCCUUUCCGAUGAUGCUGCUGAUGCUGAUACAUUGUCUUGGGCUUGCCGGUGCUCAGGUGAUCCCAGCUGUGUGCCGCUAUCCUCUGGGGAUGUCAGGUGGGCAAAUCCAUGAUGAAGAUAUCACAGCUUCCAGCCAAUGGUAUGACUCUACAGCAGCCAAGCAUGGCAGACUGGACUUUGAAGGAGGGGAUGGAGCCUGGUGUCCACAAGGACCUGUAGAUCCUGAUGACAUGGAGUUCCUUCAGGUUGACCUACGAACGCUGCACUUUAUUACCCUGGUGGGAACUCAGGGUCGUCACGCUGGAGGCCACGGAAAUGAAUUUGCUCAGAUGUAUCGUCUUGACUAUAGCAGAGAUGGAAACCGAUGGAAUUCAUGGAAAAAUCGAGAGGGGAAACAGAUAAUUGAAGGAAAUGUAAACCCAUAUGAUCCUAUUCUAAGGGAUCUGGACCCACCAAUGAUAGCAAGAUUUGUCAGGUUCAUACCAAUUACUGAUCACUCAAUGAGUGUGUGUAUGAGAGUGGAACUCUAUGGAUGUGAAUGGUUAGAUGGUCUGGUGUCUUACAGUUGUCCAGUAGGCCACCAGAUGUUCUCAUCCAAACAUCCUACUGUUUAUUUGAAUGAUUCAGUUUAUGAUGGUGCAAUCGGUUCAAGGAUGGUUUCUGAAGGACUCGGUCAGAUGACAGAUGGUGUCUGCGGUUUGGACGAUUUCACACAGAGUCACGUGUAUAAUAUGUGGCCAGGAUACGACUACUUAGGAUGGCGGAAUGACAGUUUUGAAAAUGGCUAUGUGGAAAUAUUAUUUGAGUUUGACCGUAUCCGAAAUUUCACAGCAAUGAAGGUCCAUUGCAAUAAUAUGUUCACAAAGGCAGUGAAGAUAUUCAGGGAAGUCCAGUGCUUCUUCCGCUCUGAACCAGGAAAAUGGGAGCCGAACCCUGCCACAUCUGUUCUGGUCCUAGACGAUGUCAAUCCGAGCGCUCGGUUUGUCACCGUUCCACUCCAACAGCGUAUGGCAAAUACCAUCAUGUGCCAGUUUUACUUUGCCGAUACAUGGAUGAUGUUCAGUGAAAUUUCAUUCCAAUCAGACACUGCAAUGUACAACGAUUCGGGCAUUUCCCCAACUGUGAAUAUAGAUACUACAACCCACAUUGACAUAGACAUCAACCCAAUGCCCAAAGUAGACGACAGCAACACUCGAAUCCUCAUCAGCUGCUUGGUGGCUAUUAUUUUUAUACUGGUCGCUAUCAUCGUCAUCAUCCUUUGGCGGCAGUUUUGGCAGAAGAUGUUGGAAAAGGCUUCACGCCGGAUGCUGGACGAUGAACUUACAGUGAGCCUCUCACUGCAGAGUGAAACCAUUAUGUUCAACAAGUCCUCCCCACCUAGUGAAGAAGAGUCCAACUCCACCUAUGACCGAAUAUUUCCACUCGGUCCCGAUUACCAGGAGCCAUCAAAGCUACUCCGUAAACUUCCAGAAUUUCCUUUGAAUUGGGAUGAGCCAGGAUGUAGCAGUGACUAUGCAAAGCCACUUGGUGCUCCACAGGAUAAUGUGCCACACUAUGCAGAGGCUGACAUUGUGAACCUGCAGGGUGUCACUGGAAGUAACACCUAUUCUGUCCCUGCUGUAACUAUGGAUUUGCUGUCCGGUAAAGAUGUGGCUGUGGAGGAGUUCCCACGAAAACUGCUGACCUUUAAGGAAAAGAUUGGAGAGGGACAAUUUGGGGAGGUCCACCUUUGUGAAGCAGAAGGGAUGCAAGAGUACAUAGACAAGGAGUUUCCAUUUGAUAUUUGCACCAAUCAGCCAGCGCUGGUAGCAGUAAAGAUGCUACGAUCAGAUGCCAAUAAGAAUGCCAGAAAUGACUUCCUAAAAGAAAUCAAGAUCAUGUCGCGGCUGAAAGAUCCAAACAUUAUCCGGUUGUUGGCUGUCUGUAUCAGGGAUGACCCACUCUGUAUGAUCACAGAAUACAUGGAAAAUGGGGACCUUAAUCAGUUUUUAACUCGCCAUGAACCAGAAGGUGCAGAGCCAAUGGCAAGCAAUGCUCCCAUUGUAAGCUAUCCCAAUCUCAUACUGAUGGCCAUGCAAAUAGCUUCUGGCAUGAAGUACCUCUCCUCCCUCAACUUUGUUCACCGUGACCUUGCCACUCGGAACUGCUUGGUGGGAAAGAACUAUACGAUCAAGAUAGCGGACUUUGGCAUGAGUCGUAAUCUCUACAGCGGGGAUUAUUACCGUAUCCAGGGACGUGCUGUGCUUCCCAUUCGCUGGAUGUCCUGGGAGAGCAUUCUACUGGGCAAGUUUACUACAGCUAGUGAUGUUUGGGCUUUUGGAGUUACCUUGUGGGAAUCCUUGACUUUCUGCCGAGAACAGCCCUAUUCCCAGUUGUCAGAUGAGCAAGUCAUUGAAAACACUGGCGAGUUUUUCAGAGACCAGGGGCGGCAGGUCUAUCUCUCUCAGCCACCAAUCUGUCCAGACAGCGUGUACAAGCUAAUGGUCGGCUGCUGGCGUCGUGAACCAAAAUCCCGGCCCACAUUCCAUGACAUCCACCGUGUGCUGCAGGAAUCCACCACAGGAUCUGGGCUAGAGGAAUGAGUUCAUUCUGAGGAGGAUGACAGAGGAGCUAUCACUUUAAAAAGACCUCUUCACGUCUGAUUAUUAGUGCGCAUGCAGCCAUUUUAAACUAAGGAGGGUGGAAUGAAAGCCACUGUUUCCAGUGCUGGGAGAUGGGAGCAUAUUUGAAGGAAAGAGGAUCGAGGAUGUGGAAAUAAUUAUCUUUGUAGUAGGAGGUGGAAAAUAUGAUGGAAAUAAUGCAGCAAGGGAUAAACAUCCUUGCCUCUUUGUUCGUUCAGACUUCUGACAAUUAAAUAGACAAGAUUAUGAAAGCUGUCCAAUGUUGGAUGAGAAAGUUUCCUGGUACGGUGCAACGAGUUGAAAAGACUGGAAGAAUAAAAUAAAUAAAUGUACAGUAACAUAUAAGCAAUAGAAAGUCCUCCCUCUGACCCUUUUUACUCUUAAAUGAUCUAAUCGCAUUUUUAGUAAUACUUCAGGAGGGUUUGUAAAUGCUGUUUGAAAUAAGAGAGCACAAAAUGUUUGAUAAAUUCAUUGAUGUUCGUUUUCUAGAAUUUUUCUUUAGUAUUUGUUUCACUUCAAAAAUAUUUCUUAGGAACUUGGAGAAACAAUUUCUAGAUUAUUUUUAAAAAGAAGCACUUUUUGCUAAUUUAUAGGGAAAGGCUUGUUUCUGAGCUUUAACGUUAAAUUUACAGUAAGGUUUCUUAUGGCUUAAUGGCAGAUAUUACAGAGUCAAAAUAAGUCUACUAAUGCAUGUUGCUCUCUGAGUUAUGAUCAAGCAGUAAGGAUGCGGGUUUAAUUUAGAUAUCAAAAUGUUGAUUAGCAGACUUUUGUAUUGCUAUAUUAAUUUGAUUUUUGGAUAUCUGUAUAUUGUUUAGAUGUUUUCAUUUUGAGCGCAGUUAUCCAACUGUAUGUGAUAUUUAUGCAAAUUUUAUU